AUGAGUGAUAGUCUCUUCGCCAAAUUUGGGAAUGGUCUAUGGUGGAAGCCUCGUGCUGUUCCCGUUGAAGCAUUGGUUGCGUUAGGCAGGCGAUUGGCUUGCAAACAAGCUGUGUUGUUUUCAGUCUCAUCGGAAUGGUUUAUGUGGAUCGGUUGUCACGUACACCCCGCAAAACGCAGUCAAGAACCAGAUAUCCUACUCCGCACUACAGCAACUCUCGCCCCAGGAAUUUAA